AUGUCCGCACAACAAUCACGACCUGAAGGGUACCGUAUUAGUGCGCCAGAUGGUACAGGUAGUCUUGGUGGUGCUGAAGCCACUAUUAAACAAUUACGAUCGCAGAAUGAUCAGCUGUGGAAAAUAAUAGAGAAGCAAAAGACCAUAAUAACCAAUCUACAAAAGGAUAAUCAAAAAUUGUCCCAUGAAAGAGAUAAGCUUCUUUUAAGAAUUAGAGACAUAGAUACUUUUGAACGUUCUGAGGAGAAUAUUAUUAAAGGUGGUAAUGAAAUUAAAGUAAUCUCGGACAAUGUUAAUAAUAAUACAUCCACUUCUGAUUCCAUUAGAAUACGAACCAGUACACCACCACCACAUACAUCACGUCUAUCGAAAUCGUUUCCUCAAUUACAAAAACAACAGAUAGAAACAGAGCUACUAACGCAAAACUCUCAAUUACAACAUCAAGAUUCUGAAACUUUAAUAAUAUCUGAAACUACUUCAAGUCUAAAUGUGUUUAAUGAAUCGAAUUCACGUAAUCUUCCACCUGUUGUUGUUCAUGAGCCUUCUCCAGAAAGAUUAAACUUUGAGCAUGAAAAGGAUUCGGAACACCAACUUGAUGAGACAUCAUCACGAAAUGAUAGUAAAUCUGCAUCAAGUCAAAAUGACAUUGUUACCUUAAAUUCAACUAAUACGAUCAAUCCUCGGCAGUCUUUGCUAGAUAAUAAUAUUUUAGGUUCACCUAUAGAUAUGCCAAUCUCGCUCAAUUUGGACCAAAGUUCACAAAAUUCUAGGCUACAACAUACGCAUUCAUCUCAUCAAAACCCACCUUCACCAUCAAUGUCAACUAAAUCUUCAGAAUCUGAAAGCUUAAGCAGCGGAAGUUGCAGUCGACAUAGACGUCAUAGCACAAUACAAACUAUCGAUACUGAAUUAGAUAUUUUAGAAGAUACUGAUGCUCAUGUCCAGUUUCCUCAACCUCCUUUGAAAGAUUCUUCUACAAAACCUUCAAACCAACAUAUUAAUGUUCAAAGUUCAGAAAGUGAUGAGAUUUCUGACAUUCCACAAGAUUCAUCUACUCAAAGUCUCAAAAAAGUUCCUGAGCCUUUAGGGUUAGCACCGUUAACGCAAAAGUUAGGAACGCCUCAACGUUCUCCUGGUUUGCCAUCCUCCCCCAAGGCUUACAUGUAUAGCAAUGAUGAACAGACAGCUCAGAGAACAAGCAAUGAAAGUGACGCAACUGCAUCAUCGAGAAAUGUUAUAAUUAAUCAAGAUAAUUUGAACUAUAAUAAAUAUUUGCAAGGUUUUGGACACAACCAAGUUGUAGAGAGGUCACAACCAAUUAGAUCACAUUCAUUACCCACUAGUGAUGAUAAGACAUCUCAUGAAAAGUCUGAAGAUGAAAGAUCAUGGAGAGAUUCUCAAUCCAGUAAUAAUGAAUCUUUGGAUACUAGUCUAAAGGACAGAUCACUUAGAGCAAGUAGAUCGUUUAGUCACGUUCCCACAGGACCGCGAUCCCGUAUAUCAAUGAUGCCGCCUCCUCACGGGGGAUAUCCAGAAUUCCGAAAUCCUAAUCCCAAUAAUGUAUCUUUACCUAACCAGGUGCAAAUCGAUAAUCCCUCAGUAAAUCUACCACAAGGACAACAAUGGCAAUCUUUUCAGUCACAUCCUCAGCAAACUACUGCGUCUUCAUCACAACAGUCACAAUUAUCGCCACGUUCAGAUACUUCUACACCUUCGAUCACUUCAGAUGCUAUAUCCGGAAUUGCUGUAAAAGUCGUUGGUAGUAAUAAAAAAACCAAUGACAAGGGAAAAGAAGUGUUGACAUUCAUUAUUUCUGUUGGGCAGGCAAGAGUAGUUGAUGGGCGCAUUGUUGGAAUGGAAAAAGAACUGUGGAGGGUUGAGAAAUUUUACUCGGAUUUCUUAUCGCUAGAUGGAAAGCUAAAGCAACGACAUAGCAAGAACACAAUAAACAAAAUUGGUAAAUUACCGGAUAAACAUUUAUUCUAUAACAAUGCACCCAGCAAAGUUGACCAGCGGAAGACCGCCCUUGAACAAUACCUUCAACAUAUAAUAUCGCUGCCUUUGAGAGAUAACAAAGAUUCCAACGAUUUAUGCAAAUUUUUAAGCACAAACGUUAUUGAACAGGACGAUAAGGAUUAUCAGCAAACUGGCUAUAAAGAAGGUUACCUUACUAAGAAAGGAAAGAGUUUUGGUGGAUGGAAAUCAAGAUAUUUUGUGUUGAAAUCACCAGUUUUAGAAUAUUAUGAAAGUAAAGACGGGAGUCAUCUUGGAUCAAUUCGUUUAACACAUGCUCAAAUUGGCCGGCAACAAUCUUCGAAUGAUACAGAUAAGGAUAACGAAAAUUCUUAUCGACAUGCAUUCUUAAUUUUGGAACCAAAACCUGGGUCAAAAACACAAAAUACACGUCAUGUAUUAUGUGCAGAGAGCGAUGCAGAAAGGGAUGAAUGGGUAGAAGCUUUAUUGCAAUAUGUCGGAAAUGUACAGCCCACAUUAGGUGUUUCAGUUAAUCAGAUUCAAAAGCGUUCCAGCAUGUUGGAGGAAAUUGAACGUAUAAGGAAAUAUAGUGGAACACCAGAACCUAGGGAUGUUUCACCUUCAUCUUCGCAAGUUGUUGCCGUUGUUAGUAGCAAUAAUUCAUCUAGUACUAGGCGUGACCGACCACAUGACGAUCAAACUGCUGAAAAAAGAAAAAAUUCGCGCAAGACUUUCUUUGGCAGCAUGUUUGGCAGCAAAGAUGAUAAAAAAAAAUACAAUGAAAUACGACCUGAUAUCUCAAAAAUAGUUUUCGGUAUUCCUUUGGAUCAAGCAAUUGCAGUUGCGCGCAUAAAAGAAGG